UGACCGAAAUAGACUGCCCUGCGCACGCGUUCACGUCGGACUCCUGCGCUAAGGAUCUAUGGAUCGUUCCUAAUUUAAAAAUACCUCGUGCGCCAUCCCUUUCGCUCUAAUGGGCGUGUGUGACAAGGACAACAGACAGUUAUAGUGCAUUGUUUGUGAUAAUGUGGCUCUCUGUGAUUAUUGCAUUUGUGGUUUUUUAUCGGGAUGCUCGUGCUGUACCCAAAACCCUGGCGGAGGAGAUGGCGGAAAUCACCCAGCUGUGCUGCAAUCAGGGAGUGAAGUAUGCCAAGAACCACACCACUGAAGAAUGCUCCUCAUCCAUACCCCCUGACGUGCCAUCAGCGUAUAGCUCCUUCUGCAUCUUCACCAUGGAUGAAUGCUGCAAGGGACACAAUCAAAAACUGCAAGAUUGCGACGCAGCUGUAGAUAUAGCGUCAAGCACGAACCGGUGUGACGCUGUUACUCCAUCAGGACUAAGGUGCUGCGAAGAGUGUAUCCGAGGCACCUCCGCGGGAGGUCGAGGCGAGGCGGAGUGCGAAGUGACAGUGACCGCGGGGAGUGCUGAGGACCUCCUGCCAGCUAAUGCCUUCGCUAAAUGUUGUAAGAAAGCUGCUAAAGAACAGAAACAAAAGAGUAAUGUCCCUGGACCAGUGACGUUGUCGAGAUCCAUAGAUGAAGUGGUAGCAUCAGUUUGUGAAGACUACGCCCCCAACGAGCUGUGUGCACACCACUGCAUACCUGUCCCGGGUUCUUACAAGUGCGAAUGCAACCCAGGGUACAUGCUGAUGCCUGAUGGGAGAAACUGUAUUGAGGUAGUGAAGAACCGAUGCAAACCACGCAACCCGUGUCAACACAAGUGUAACGACAAUGGCGUGGAAGUGAAGUGUUCUUGUCGCAGGGGCUAUGAGCUUAUGCCAGAUGGAAAGUCAUGUCAAGACAUGGACGAGUGUUUGCUGAACCCUCCCGUAUGCCUCCCUGGAGACGAAUGCGUCAACGUCCGGGGUUCCUACAAAUGUAUACCACCAAAGAAGAACACCACCACAGAUAAAGGCUUCUGUCCACCAGGAUUUGCGAAGAACAUCCAAAAUGGUGCCUGCGAUGAUAUAAACGAAUGUGCUUUGCCACACCCACCAUGCCCUUCUUACUUGUGUGAGAACACCAUCGGAGCAUACAAAUGUGGUGGGGUCACUGGAAACCCUAUUAACUUGUCCAGUACUAUGAAAACGCCGGUAGAGGACAGAUGUCCUCCAGGUUUCCGAACGGGAUUCAAUGAAGAGUGUGAAGACGUAGACGAAUGCGCCAGUCGAAAGCACGAUUGCAACCUCAUCUCACAAUUCUGCAUCAACACCAGGGGCUCCUUCUACUGCCAGGACCAGGCUUCCAGACAUUGCCCUCCUGGCUUCAAGAUUAACGCGAGAACUAAUAAAUGCGAAGAUAUCGAUGAAUGCGAAGACAGCACAGACAUCUGCAGACCAGACCAGGUCUGCGUGAACCAACUCGGCCAAUACGAUUGCAAGUCUAAAUUCGACAAGACAAGGAAUGGAAAAUGUCCUGAUGGAAUGAGGAUUAAGCCAGGAACCUCCGUGUGUGAAGAUAUCGACGAGUGCGUGGAAGGCACUCACCUCUGUGACCAGCACCAGAACUGUCUGAACACGAACGGCAGUCACGAGUGCCACUGCAAGCUCGGCUUCGAGCUGGACAUUACCACUGGAGCCUGUGUGGACGUGAACGAGUGUGCCACAGACCAGCACGACUGCAUCCCAGAGUCCCAGAGAUGCGACAACACUGUGGGUUCGUUCCUCUGCGUCAGGUUCCUGUCCUGUGGCACGGGAUACAUUCUCCACCAUGCUACCGGCGUUUGCGAAGAUAUUGACGAGUGCUCGCUCGGGACCCACAACUGCGCCCGGGCCGGACCGCAAUACAACUGUGUCAAUAUCCCAGGGUCCUUCCGAUGUGUCAGGAAGCGAGCUUCCACCACUACCACUACGGCUGCUCCCGAAUAUGAAUACGAAUAUUACGAUUCUGAAGAGGAAGUUAACGAAACAAAUUCGGCAGCACCACCAAAACCCGAUGAAGUGAAACCAACAUCUAGCACAUCGGUGGCACCAACUCCUCCACCACAAACAACACCCUCAACAAGACCUACAGAACCCGCUCCAACUCCAGAACUACCAGCAGUACUACAUACAUCUGAGAGAGAACCAGAAAGGCCAGAUGAAAGAACAAAUGAAAUAGUUCCUUCGCAACCUCAGCACCAAAUUACUUCACCAAAUUAUCGUGAACCAGAGUCUCCAGAACCUGAACGAAAUAAUCCAGCAGAAACGAUUCCUCAAACAAGAGUGGAAGAACCAGGAAUUCCUGAAACUUCUACCCAGUCACAAAAACCAAGUUCAGAAGACGAAUCAAAUAAUAAAGAACCAGAUCAAUCAAGAACUUAUGAACCAUAUCCUCCUCCUCCAACUGUAAAUGAACCAUCACAGAAUGAACCAAAAACCGAAACCAAUUUCCAACCAACAGAAUCAGAGGUUAAACCAACAAUAGUCGAUGUAAAAGUUGGUGAGAAAACAGCUGUAGUAGAUGGCACAGUUACUCAAGAUGGUUCAGUGAUAGUGGAUACUGGUGAUGUGCCUAAGAAUGAAUGGACUAAAAUAAAUGAGAAACCUGUCACGUGUCAGUACGGAUUUGAGCUGAACGACUUUGGUGCUUGUUUCGACAUCGACGAGUGCGCCACCAAUCGCCACAGUUGCUCCGGCCUCACCGAAGUAUGUAUCAACACAAUGGGUGGAUACCUUUGUGAAUGUGCGGCUGGAUUCCGUAGGGACAUCAGUACUGGAGCGUGUGACGUCAUACCAGCACCAACCACUACAUCAUCGACUACAACAAGCACAUCGCCCCCGACAACAACUUCUACAACCACGGAGCCACCAAAAUAUUUCUGGGGCUAUCCGGAUUAUCGACCGCGGGUCACCCGACCCUUCAAACCUCGGUAUUUGUGCGAUGUUGGUUACCACCACAACUCUAAGAGUGGGAAGUGUGAAGACAUCAACGAAUGCAUAAACGGGCAAGCCAACUGCGCCGCAGUGGAGAUCUGCGUAAACACGGACGGUGGUUACCGCUGCGAGUGUCCUCCAAACUGGAGACUGGAUGAGAUACGACAGCGUUGUGUUCAGAUUAGGAACACCACCAUGUUUCCGACUGGAUACGCUAAUGAACGUGAAUACCCGCCACCGGACCCAGAAGAGACCAUCAGCCACGGGUCCAUAGGCCACCAGUAUGUGGAGCCGGAGAUACACCAGGUCGAAGACAGGGGUUCCGUGAUCAGGUGCCCGUGGGGUUACAGGCUGGGAGACGACAAUACAUGUGAAGAUAUCGACGAAUGUGUAACCGGAGCUGCAAAAUGCGGGCCGUUGCAGAUCUGCACCAAUUCUCCUGGAGGAUACUCCUGCGGGUGUCUUAAGGGCUAUAAGCUGGUGGGAGACCACGAGUGCGCCGAUAUAGACGAGUGCCGAGCGGCUGGCAGCAUGCCGCUCUGCUCCCAGAAUGCUGACUGCAUAAAUACAAUGGGUUCAUACAAAUGCAAGUGCCACCCUGGAUUCAGAUCAGCUCCAGUCAAUGAAAUGAUAUGCGUGGACGUGGACGAGUGUGAGGAAGCCAGAUCAGGCUCUCUCUGCCAGCAACAGUGCAACAAUGUUUGGGGAACCUACCGGUGCUCCUGUCACAGGGGCUACAGGUUGAAUGCUGACAAUAGAACCUGCUCAGAUGUCGACGAGUGUGUGGAAUUUAAAUCAAAAAUGUUGUGCGUUGGCCGGUGUUUGAACGAACCAGGCAGCUACCGGUGCAGCUGUCCUUCCGGCUAUAGGCUCGCAGAGGACAAGAGGAGCUGUAUAGACAUAGAUGAAUGUGAAACAGGCGAAGCGACUUGUGCCAAAGAUGGUUCGUAUGGAGGCACUAGUGACGUGUGCCAAAACACCAGAGGUGGUUACCGGUGCCAUCGAAUCAUGUGCCCUAAAGGAUAUCAAUUGGAGAGCAAAAAUCGCUGCACGAGAACAGAGAAGCGUUGUCCCCCUAACGACUGGGACUGCUCCCAUCAGCCUCUGACAUAUUCCUACAAUUACAUCACCUUCGUCUCCAACCUUUACAUACCUGAGUCUAAGGUGGAUCUGUUCACGAUGCGAGGACCAUCCAAGUUGCCCAAUGCCCACAUGAAGUUCCAACUCAAACUUGUAGAUGUGAAAGCACCGCCUUCAGUGAAAGAGAAAGCAGAUAUUAAUUAUUUCUUAUUGGUGAAACAAAACGCGUAUCAAGUAGCGGUGUCUCUGGUGAGGCCGCUGAUUGGCCCGCAGAGCAUAGAGCUGGAAUUGUCUAUGGAAUUGUACAGUCGCGAUCAGUUCGAGGGUAUAGCUGUGGCUAAGUUGUUCAUACACGUCUCGGAAUACGAAUUCUAGUUUGUUGUGAAAAUUUUGUUAUAUUUUAUAGUUAUUGCUUAGAGAAAAAUAAGCUUGAUAUAUGUUACGAAGUAUUCUAUUCAUAGCUAUAUGUGGUCGAGUCCGCACCAUGAAGGAAGUCCCACACUAUUGUGUGUUAGAAGAUAGGAAAAUAUGCUUAUAGACAGAUAAAUUUAUAGAAAACAUAAUCUUCAUAUGAGAAAGAGAAACGCGUAUUUGAAACACAUAAGGAGAAACGGGACAGAACGCUAACAUCUAUUGUCCCGCAUCGUGUGCUGACUUUUUCAAGGAUAGAGGCGUAUUGAAUAGUUCUGUCUCAUGUGGCUACGCUUACCUAUAUUUUUUAGGUUUUUUUUGGAGUCUUGUUCACGCUUGUAUCACAAUGGUUCGAUUAUUUUUCUUCCUGUGUCCUUAACAGUAUUAAUUAUUAGCCUAUUAAUAUUAUAAAUGCGAAAAUUUGUGAGGAUGUAGGUAUGUGUAUAUGUUUGUUACUCUUUCACGCAAAAUCUACUGGACGGUUUGUUAUGAAAUUUGGUACACGGAUAGAACAUAACCUGGAAUAACACAUAGGGUACUUUUUAUCCCGAAAUUCCCACGGGCGCGUAGCCCCGGGGUGCAGCUACUUCAAUGUAAAAUAGCUAUAAUGAACAGUAAUUCUAAUUUCUAAGUACUUACAUCUAAAUAGGAUUGUGCCAUAUGUUCUGUAAAUAUGAGUUAAAAUAUAUAUUUUAAGUAAUUUUCAACUAUUUUAUUUUUAUUAUUUACGGACUAGGUACAUGUUUAAAGGUACCUACCUACAUAAGGUACUUAAUGAUAUAUUUAAAAUAAAGCAAUAUGCUAUUUGA